AUGACCAACCUCGUGCUCCAGCUCGCGCAGCUGCAGCUCGGCGCCUUUGGGUCGCGCCACCGGCCAUCGCGACGCCUGGACGACGUGUCGGACUGUACCGUAAAUGCCUCGUCGAUAGCACUGCAACGCGGCGCUGUCUCGCGUGCGUUGUUGUCGUCUUUCUACUGUCCAGCGCAGUGUGUCCUGUCGCUCAAGGCGCCGAUGGAAAGACCGGCAGCAGACGGAUUGGGCGUCUUGACCCGAUCUGUCGGCUCUGAUCCCGUGUUUCAAGCCUCGUACGCCCAUGGACGUGGUCUCCUGCUGGCUGUAGACGAAGCAGGAGCUGUGGGGGUCCUGCAUGCAGCUGCUGGGCGUCGAAACAGCUGCUGGAGAGCCCAUAACAACGCCAUUUUUGACGGCAUUUGGACACAUGAUGACGCACGAGUGGUCACGGCAGCUGGUGAUCUACAGCUCCGGAUUUGGGACGUCGAGACAGUGGACAAGAGCGGUGGAUCGAGACAGGCGCAGCCGGUGUUGACGCUGCGAGGACAUGACAUGAGUGUCAAGUGCGUCCGUCAAGCGCCAUGUAGUACUCAUGUGUUUGCCUCGGGUGGACGAGAUGGACGGGUCUUGCUGUGGGAUACGCGUGCGAGUGACAAGUGUGUGUUGUCACUGGAAAACGUGCAUGCAGAGCCCACUCGGUCGCAACGAGCGUCGCUCAAUGGAAAAGUCAUGACGUCGAAAAAGAGGCGGCGAGUAGUAGCUGCAGCAUCGACGAAGUCGUCGCCACGUAGUGUCACGUGUGUCGAGUUUGAUGCGGCAGGCAACGAGAUCAUUACAGCAGGUGCAGUGGAUGCAGUGGUCAAGUUCUGGGACACUCGACGUUUCGGAUCGGGCUCUACUGUCGCUGGUGGUGGAAAAGGAUCGUAUGGCUCUUCGAUGCCAAUUCGUGAGGUGUCUUGCGCAUCUCGUGAUGGCUCUCGCCGCGGCAUCUCGUCUUUGAUGCUCGGCCCGAGCGGCGAGGCGUCAAAGUUGCUUGCAAAUGUGCUGCACGACUCCAUUGCUCUGAUUGACAUUGGCCAAAAGCAGUAUGGUGGUGGCCAUUUUGGUGCUCGGACGAUCCUUCGGUGCGCUGGACACCAAUCCACUUCGUUUUACAGUAAAGUCGCGCUCAGUCCAGAUGGAGACUUCAUUGCCGGUGCAUCCGCAGACGGCGUCGUCUACGUCUGGGAUGCGCGUGUGUGGUCAUCUCUUGAUGGAGUCGGAGCGUCUACUUGGGCCGGUCGAGGUAUCCAGAUGCGUGCGCCCUGUUUUGCGCUGAAGGGCCACGCAGACGAAGUCAAUGGAGUCACAUGGAGCCCUCACGAUAUGUUGCAGCUCGCAUCAUGUUCGGAUGAUGGUACUGUACGCUGCUGGCAGGUUGGCAGCAAAUGGGACCAAAGUGUGGGCGACUGGCAGCAAGGACAAAGCGUGGAAGCUGCGCCAUUUGAACUUCGCUUGAUGCACGGAGAUGAGUCGGAUGGAGCACGUAGAAAAGCGAAAUGGGCAAACUGGAGCACCUUUGCACAGCAACCUGACGGUUCUGCAUACCGCGUGCGAGGAGUGAACCGCCCCUUGUCUCCGAAACCCCGAAAAGAUGUGCAAAGCCUGCCGCUUCGAGAAACGCGACAGAGGGCCGAACGUCAGCUACACCCCAUCGAUGGAGUUUCGAUUGUCGAGCAACAAUCGCAAGCCGAAGUGCGAGAUUGGCAGGAAGUUCAGGGCAAUCAGUCCCAAGGCACACAACAGCUUUCCAGUCACCCCAAGCGAGCUCAGCAAACGCUUGUGGAGCUGUGGGGGCAGUAA